UAAGAUUUGCUGAGGAACGAGAAAGACAGUAUGCCGUGGUGAUGAGGCGUAGAGAGGAGGAAGCUCUGAUACAAGACCAGAAGAAAGCUUCUCAGAAACAGAUUAACAUCCAGUCUGUGAUAAACUAUCGCAGUGAGCAAAUCAAGAAGAAGCAACAGCUGAGAGACGAAGAGAGACAGAAGAAGAAGGAAGAGAGAGAUCUACUACGGGGCCUUUCUGCCUUGCAUGAACAGGAGCUAAGACAUGAGCAAGAGAAAGAAGUGGAGUCACAGAAAAGACUUUUGCAGCUUUGACAAAGGGAAAUCUCCAGUAAAACCCUUGACGGAGUAAAGGAGGCCCAGAAAGUGGAGGAGGACAAAAGACAACGUGUUCAGGUUGACAUGGAAGAAAAGCUGCAGCAAAGAAAAACUGACCAAGCUGAAAAGUUCAAAAAGCUUCAGGUACCAAAACAAAUUGUUUAUCAAAAACUGGCAGCCAGUAAAAAGAAGCAGGCUGCCACAUCGAGCCGUAAGGAGCUGGAGAAAUUAGCCAGGGUAACGGCUGAGCAAGAUGAUAAAGUGGCCAAGCAGCUAAAGGACAAGGAGGAGAGUUGGACUGCCAUGCUUAAGACUAUUUUCUCUCACAGACACAAAAAGGUAGAGGAGAAAGAGCAAAAGAGGAAGGAAGAGCAACGGAGCAAACUGGACUUGUUUCAGGCCCACAAAGUGUCUGAGAGGUUGUUUCUAGAAGAGAAGAAACAAAAGGCUAAGAGUAUCAAUGACAAUCACAUCACUUGUCGAGGCACUAAUGCCAGCCUGAUGGCUGAAAAACACGCUCGUCUCCAACAGCUGAAAAGACAGGAUUGUGAAGCUGCACGAAAGCAAGCAGAACAGAUUGCUGAGGGGGACAAACUAGUCCAGCAGUAUGUCCAACGUGAACUUCACAAGGCUGCAGACCAAGAUGUUCAGCAACUUUUAGCUGCAAGCAAACGAAGACAUGGUGUCCUUUCUAAGAGGGGGGAGCCCAGCUUCUUUGGUGUAGGAAAUGAAGAACCAUUGCCCAGAUAUGGUACUGACCAGACGUGUUUUAUAAAACGUUAUCAAGAGCGCAACAGCCUGCAGCUCGGCAUGGAUACGGAGCCUGUUCAUCUGCCCCCCAUUACCAGAGCAGCCCAGCAGAAGUCAGCAGAGAAAGGGUCCCGCUACCUUUCAAAAAGUUUGUGUGUAGCUUUGCCCAGAUUGAUUUAAAUUAAACAACGCCAGGAGUGCA